AUGGCUGAAACAAAUCCAGGAUGGUCCAUUAAUAUCAGCUCGGGUAAUCUACCAGAAGACUUUGGUUUACCGAAAAAUAAUGCAACUGCAACAGCAAAGAAGAUGAUCUCAGACUUGAAAAAGGUUAGCCUUCGGCCCAACGAUAUCCUGAGAGCUGUCGAUGCCCUCACAGCACUAAAAAAGAAAUUUGAAAAGGAAUUGGAACAUCCUGAGAACGGCAGCGCGCUGGAACUGGCGAAGGAGUACAUGACAGAUGUCCUUGAGGUGUCAGGAAAGGUGCUUGAGAGGCAGAAUCCCUGGCAGGAGUUGACAGAGGCUGACAGUGGGCGCGCGUCAGGGAGAGUGCAGGACACAGUCGUAUCAGCAGCUGUCAAAGUCGCGGAACUGCUCAGCAACAGAACAGAGGACUUCAAGAAGGAAAAUAUUCAUAAUGCAACGAUGAACGCAAAGGUUACGCUAAGGACCCAAACACCCAAGCAGGUGGAUUCUCCCCUGCAGUGA